ACACACAUAACGCCACAAAGUCGGUUGCUUCGGACAGAGAAAGGUUGGUCAUGGGCAAGACAGGUGGAAGAGGCGACUUUGAAUGGGUCUACAAUGACCAGCCACACACUUCAAGAAGGAAAGAAAUACUAGCCAAAUAUCCAGAGAUCAAGUCUCUGAUGGGACCGGAUCCCCAGCUGAAGUGGGUAGUAUCGGGCAUGGUCCUGACUCAGCUCCUGGCCUGCUACCUGGUCCAUGACCUCUCCUGGAAGUGGAUCUUCUUCUGGGCUUACGCCUUCGGAGGCUGCAUCAACCAUUCCUUGACUCUGGCUAUCCACGACAUCUCUCACAACGUGGCCUUUGGCAACAAGCUGGCGAAGUGGAACCGCUGGUUUGCCAUGUGGGCCAACCUGCCCAUUGGGUUGCCUUACUCUGCCUCCUUUAAGAAAUACCACAUCGACCACCAUCGGUAUCUUGGUGGGGACCAGCUGGAUGUUGACAUCCCCACAGACAUUGAGGGAUGGUUCUUCUGCACCCCAGCCAGGAAGGUCCUCUGGCUCUUCCUCCAGCCUUUCUUCUACGCCAUUCGCCCAUUGAUGGUUAAUCCUAAACCAGUGGGUCAGCUGGAGAUCCUAAAUGCAGCUGUUCAGCUCAUAGUAGACAUAAUGAUCUACUAUUUAUGGGGGCUGAAGCCCAUUGUUUACCUCAUUGCAGGUACUAUCCUGUGUUUGGGACUGCAUCCUAUCUCGGGACAUUUCAUAGCUGAGCAUUACAUGUUCCUGAAGGGACACGAGACAUAUUCCUACUAUGGACCACUGAAUCUCAUCACCUUCAACGUUGGUUAUCACAUGGAGCACCAUGACUUCCCGAGCAUACCUGGCAGCAAACUACCUCAGGUAAAGCAAAUUGCAGCAGAGUAUUACAACUCCCUGCCUCAACACACUUCCUGGAUUCGGGUAUUAUGGGACUUUGUGUUCGACGACAGCAUCGGUCCAUAUGCCAGAAUCAAACGGGAGUACAAGCUAAGCAAGGAGGAAUAGAUCUGUGACUGAUUAUAUUUACCUUUUAACAGAAAUUAGAAUUUCAGUGGUUAAAUAUGUAUGGACCCCUAUGAAAUAUCAUUAUCUUAAUAUUCCCAUUAUAUUCCCUUUUUGUAGUGUGUGGUUGUCACUGUUAGUAAACUGUCUAACAUCUUAAUUAAGACCUGCACUUGAGUUACUUAAAGGCAGAUGAAUGGGUAGUUCAGUUGCAUACAUUCAAAGUAUGCAAAUGAAAGAGUAAAAUACAGCUAGUUGGUUUCCUCACCUCAUUAUUUAUUCGUGCUUCUAUUCCUGCUAUAAGCAGAUGGCCCGUUGUCGUGAGACUGUAAUGACAUUUCCUUGUAUCCAGAAGGCAAAAUAUCGAUGAAAAAGCUAAUAUUUCAACACAAAUAAAAUCCUAAUUUCUGUAGGAAAAGGUCAUAUACAUUCUCAUGAGGUUUAACAGAAAUGGCACUAGCUCUUUUGUUUCCUGCCUACACACGUUACUGUACGUCUUUUACAUUUCUGAUUGUGAGAAUGGAGGCAGUCAAAGGCUCUCAGAUUACUUAUUACAAUUUCAAAUCUCUCAUAGCAGAGGGGGAAAAUAGCAUUGGAACUUACCUUUCAGUAAGAAGAGCCUUUUCUUCAGUGAUGCCCCAUUCUGAAUGUUCGCAGCUUCCUUGUGCUGUAAACUGUUUAAUUACAUCUAUGAAGAGUGGACAAAAUAACAGGCAUACCUUUGUAAUCCCAAAAAUAAGUUAUUUAGAUGACAUGAAUUUAAAGACAGUUUCACCAAACUGGUAUUUAUGACAGAGCUUUUUUUUUGUUAAUUGUUUCUGUUAUUUUGCCAACUUUAUCUGAGUGUUGUGGUUGAUAAGUGUGAUAUUUGUUGUUUCUAUUUAAAUGACUGCACUAUAUAUAUAUUAAACCAGUAAAAGACCUUUGUAAGAAGAAACUACUGUAAAGAAUAUGACUGUUAAUUUUACAUUUCCUUUCCUUUCCUUGUAAACUUUCAUCACAAAACACAAGGGAACACACAGUAUUGUGUAGCUGGUGGACACGUCUAUUGUUGUUUGAAUGAAUUUACUUCCAGCUUUUAAAUUAGAACGUAGUUGCGAGCGGACAGAGUGGAUAGAAUGCAACAACCAAUAUUCAACCAAAUCCUUCCUGCAAAGACACAUUUAGCUACCAUCACAUAGGCUUACUAUUCACUUUCUGCACAUUCUUAUCUGGUAAGAUUUGCAUAUUGCCAUCGCAGUCCCCCCUUUUUUCAAAACAUUGCUACCAUUAUCAAGUUAAACAUUUCAUAUAUAGAAAGGGGAAUCUUCAUGGAAACAAAUCACAUUAAUAAAUGUACCACCAUUUGUAUUUUGUAUAUUUUUUUUCUUCAAAAAUAAAUUCAUAGAAAUGAGGGUUUCAUGCAUACUUGGGAGGUUCAUAAAGUAUAGGAUGUAGUACUACAUUGUUUUCUAUCUAUGUAAAACCAGGUGGCAC